AGGUGCCAGUGCAUCAGCUGGACCCCGCCUUCAGUGUCUCCUGGAGUCUCGAAGAUGGAAAGGGAGGCAAACACUCUGGGACCAGUUUCCUGAAGCUCCAGUUCAUCCAGCUGUCCUGUGAGGAGCAGCCCUGGAACCAGAGGCAGCCACCAUGGCGCAAGGGCUGGAGGUGGCCCUCACCGACCUCCAGAGCUCCCGGAACAACGUGCGGCACCACACGGAGGAGAUCGCCGUGGACCGCCUCCUCGUCCGCCGGGGCCAGGCUUUCCUCAUCACCCUGUACUUCAGGAACCGCGGCUUCCAGCCUGGCCUGGACAACAUCAUCUUUGUGGCUGAGACUGGACCCCUGCCAGACCUGGCCAAAGGAACCCGGGCAGUGUUCGGCCUGGGAAGCCGCGGAGGGCCCAGCCCCUGGAUCGCCUUGCUGGAAAGCAAUGGGGCGACCUCGCUGGAGGUGAGCCUGUGUGCGCCCCCCGUGGCGGCCGUGGGGCGGUACCUCCUGAAAGUCCACAUUGACGCCUUCCAGGGCUCCAUCACAGCCUACCAGCUCGGGGAGUUCAUCCUGCUCUUCAAUCCCUGGUGCCCAGAAGACGCUGUCUACUUGGACAGUGAGCCCCAGAGGCAGGAGUAUGUCGUGAAUGACUAUGGCUUCAUCUACCAAGGAAACAAGAACUGGAUCCGUCCAUGCCCCUGGAAUUAUGGACAAUUUGAAGAGAACAUCGUAGACAUCUGCCUGGAGCUGCUGGACAAGAGCCUCAACUUCCAGGUGGACCCAGCCACGGACUGUGCCCUGCGGGGCAGCCCCGUCUACAUCGGCAGAGUGGUGUGCGCCAUGAUCAACAGCAACGAUGACAACGGCGUGCUCAACGGCAACUGGAGUGAGAAUUACACGGACGGCCUCAACCCCGCGGAGUGGACUGGCAGCGUGGCCAUUCUGAAGCAGUGGCACGCCACGGGCUGCCAGCCCGUGCGCUACGGGCAGUGCUGGGUCUUCGCUGCCGUCAUGUGCACAGUGAUGCGGUGCCUGGGGAUCCCCACCCGCGUGAUCACCAACUUUGACUCCGGCCACGACACCGAUGGAAACCUGGUCAUAGACGAGUAUUACGACAGCACAGGCAGAAUCCUGGAGAACAAAAAGAAGGACAGCAUCUGGAAUUUCCACGUGUGGAACGAAUGCUGGAUGGCUCGCAGGGACCUCCCUCCUGGCUACGGGGGCUGGCAGCUGCUGGACGCCACACCUCAGGAGACCAGCAAUGGCCUCUACUGCUGCGGGCCCGCCUCCGUCAAGGCCAUCAAGGAAGGGGAAGUGGACCUGAAGUACGACACACCCUUUGCGUUCUCCAUGGUGAACGCCGACUGCGUGUCCUGGCUGGUCUACGGUGGGAAAGAGCAGAAACUGCACCGCAACACGAGCGCCGUGGGCAGCUUUAUCAGCACCAAGGGCGUCCAGAGCGACGAGCGGGAUGACGUCACUGAGAACUACAAGUACCAAGAAGGUUCCCCCGAGGAGAGGCAGGUGUUCCUGAAGGCUGUACAGAAGCUCAAGACUGGGAAGUCCCAAGGCCCCCCAGGAGCAGACGCCCCACCUUCCAGCUCCACGCCCCUGAGCGGAGACAGCCCUCAGAGCCUGGACAUACCCUCCCUUCGACCCGGUGAGGUUGCCCAGGUCUCCCUGAAGUUCAAGCUUCUUGAACCGCCCCACAUGGGCCAGGACAUCAACUUUAUGCUGCUGGCUAUCAACGUGUCCCCCCAGUCCAAGGACCUGAAAGUGAACCUGAGCGCCCAGUCCCUGCUGCAUGACGGCAGCCCCAUGCCCCCGUUCUGGCAGGACACGGCGUUCCUCACGCUCUUUCCUCAAGAAGUGAAGACCUACUCCUGCAUAAUCCCCUAUUGCCAAUACAGCCAGUACCUGUCCACAGACAAGCUGAUCCGCAUCAGUGCCCUGAGUGAGGAGAAGAACAGUCUAGAGAAAAUCCUGGUGAACAAGAUCAUCACCUUGGCUUACCCGGGCAUCAUGAUUAAUGUUCUAGGAGCAGCCAUCGUGAACCAGCCGCUCUCCAUUCAGGUGAUAUUUUCAAACCCUCUCCUGGAGCAGGUUGCGAAUUGCGUCCUGACUGUGGAAGGCAGUGGCCUCUUCAAGAAACAGCAGCGAGUUCUCAUCGGAGUCCUCAAACCCCAACACAGGGCCAGCAUCACGCUGACGACUGUCCCUUUCAAGAGUGGCCAAAGGCAGAUCCAAGCUAAUCUGAAGAGCGACAAGUUUAAGGACAUCAAGGGUUACAGGAGCGUAUAUGUAGACUUUGGGUUGUAAAUUCCGGGACAAUGAGCUACACAUGUGGAUUUUAAGUUUCAGGAAAAGGAGCAGGUUCAAGAGGAUCCACAGAGCUGCAACAUGAGUGGCAAGAGAGAUACUGGUGAUGUCUCGUUCCCUGGGUCACUUGGACAGCCCCCAGGGCUCUGUUCAGGGCCUGGGGAUUCCAUGGUAUCCCAUUCAGAAGCGCAAUUCAGCACAGUGGGCAGAGCACACUUGUUGGACUUGGCCGUGACUUGCUUCCCCUCAGACAUCAAGGCAAGAGGAAGACUGGCUUCACAGCUUACUGUCAUUUGUUCUAAUGGCCACCUCCCUCUUACCAAUAAAGGUCAGUCCUUGUUCUCA